UUGGAACGUAACUUUUUAAAGAUUUAUGAAAUGUCAUUUUUUUCAUUAAAACGUUAAAUAGACAGAAUUUUGAAACUGCUAACAUGACACAGCUGAGCAAGCAAAUUGCUAAAGGAGUUGUUCUUGUUGCCGGAUCAGUAAUUGCUAUUCCAUACUCAAUAGCAGUUCUUUGUAACAUUUUGUAUGGUUGGCCAACUGGGCCAGAGAAAUACAAGAGAGCUUUACAUCCUAAGAAAGUCUAUGCAUUGAACUAUGCAAUUUUACAACAAUUUGGAAACUUACGAUAUGCAGAAUUAUUCUUUCGGUGGAAAUAUUUUUAUUUCAAUGCUUCAUUAUCUAGAGUUAUCAAGGACAUCAAGUACAGCCAAAAUGAUCGAUUCUUGGACUUGUACUAUCCUGCCGUGCCUUCAGACAGACCCCGCCCUGUUGUGAUGUUUGUGUAUGGGGGUGCUUGGGGGAGCGGGAAUAAGAGCAUGUAUGGGCUUUUAGCAGCAAGCAUUGCCGAUAAGCUUAACGCAAUAGUCUUAUGUCCUAAUUAUUGCAUACACCCGCAGGGCUAUGUGGAUGAUAUGAUACAGGAUAUUGUUGACUGUAUGACAUGGGUACAAGAUGACAUAGAAAAAUUUGGCGGAAAUAAGCAAAAUCUGAUUCUGUUGGGCCACUCUGCUGGUGCCCACCUUUGUGUGAUGUCCGUGCUGGAACUAGUAAUGAAACGCCUGGCACAUGAUAUACCCCUGCCAAAGUUCAGCACACCUGGCAUACCUGGACGCCUUCCUCCCAGCACAGUCCGUCAGACGAACUCUGAAUCAAUUCACUUUGAAGACCAGUAUUUCAAUGGUGAUAAUGAUACCAAUGAUGAGGGUGAAGAUAGGCCAGUUGAUAAGAAGGACAGCUCUGGGUCAUCUCAAAGUGAUUUUCUUGUCUUAGAUGAUAAAGAUGAAGAAUCGUCCUCUUCCACAGCAAAAAGGCUGCAAAGUAUAGAAAGUGGUACUUCUAGUAUAGAACAGUUAGAUCUAAGUGCUAGUAUGACAGAGACUCUAGCAGCAGACACAAGCCAACUGGCUUCAACAACAUCAUCUUUCAUUCUUCUAGAACCUGAAAAAGAUGAUAACAACAUGGGUCAAGACCCUGAGAAAGAUGUAUUCACAGGACAUGAUGAGGACAAACCCAAGGAGGAGGAAAACUCAUCAGAUGAUGUAGAUAAUCAAGAUGUUUCAUUACUAACAGAGACAAAAGAUCAAGGUGAACAGAGGGAUGAGGAUCAAGGAGGCGGUGACAAUGGAGAGAGUACUUCUGACCCUUCUGAGCACACAACGCCACCUAUUAUAGUCCAAGCUGCCACACCACUUACUGAGACAGGAGGGAUGUCAGCUAUGGGAGAGGCCUCAUGCAGUGAACAACCUCUUGUUGAUGCCUUGUCCUCAGUAAAAGCUGUUAUAGGAUUAGCAGGUGUCUACCAUAUAGGGGACCAUUAUAAACAUGAGAUGUAUCGUGGUGUAGAAGAUAUCUCUACCAUGGGGAAAGCUAUGUAUGGUCCUGAACAUUUUGAUAGAUUCUCUCCUACUACUAUAGUUGAACGUCUUGAUAACACUAUUAGUCUCCCAAUGAUGGUACUUGUACAUGGUUCCACAGACACAACAGUGCCUGUUUCCUCGACUACAAAAUUCGCAGAUGCUUUGUCAAAUACAUCAACUAACGUCACUACCCAGAUCUUGCCAAAUUGUUCGCAUACGGACAUAUGUAUGGACCUAAUGUCUUCAAAACGUGGUUUCCAUGAUCCUGUGAUGAGAGUAAUUGUUGAAACAGCUCAAAGAGUUUUGCAUGACAAAUAUUUUCUAAAAAUGUGAAAAGAAUUGACUAUGACUAAAACUACUAGGCCAUUUGUAACCCAUAAUAUUAUACAAAAAUCCUUACAGUUGAGAUAAUUCAAUAUGUACAUCUAAUUGAUGUCUUUAACAGGAAUAAUUCUUGGGAUCGACUUUAUGGUAAUAACAUUAUAAUACGAGGGGUGAUUCAGAAGUAAUGGACAAAAUAUUCUGUUGUGUCCCUUACUUUCUGAACCACUCCUUGUACACUGUAAUUUACUGCAUAGAAGGUACAUUAUACUAGAAGCCAGGCCAGUUUCGAUGCAGAUUAUCUCAAUGAUCUCAAAUUGAUCUUACAUGGCUUUAUAUGGAACUUUAAAUGUGAGCAAAAUAUCAGCUUCUUAAAGACAGAAGCAGUGUAUUUUCUGACUGUACAUUCUAAAGUCUGGGUAAACCAUUGUUUUUAAUUUGUAGAGUGGAGAAAACAUCAAAUUAUUGCAAAAUGCAAAGGGUACUAUUUUUCCGAUCAUGGUAUCUAUAAGUGAUGUCAUCAACUCUUGAACCAAUAGAAGAUUUUAGCAUAUUUAAGAAAAAAAUAAGUCUAAUUUGAGGAUACCAUGAUGCUAUUGUUUGUCUUAUUCACAUGAUUCCAUGGGACUUUUAUUCUCAACAGAUCCCACCCUCUUUUAAUACAUCCAAGAAACAAGAACAUUUUGUCUAGAUUUACAAUGCUUAUGUUGUAGGUGCUUAUGUUAGAAAACUUCAUAGAAAUUCUGAGUUUUUCAAAAAAUUAAAGUUUAAUCUACUUAUUCUGCAGUAAAACUGUAGCAAUGACAUCAUAACCAAUAGGUUGUAGGAUUUUCUGAAGUGGUCUAUUAUUUUUGUAUUCAGAAUUUUACCACUAAGAAGUGGUUUCUCUUGUUAUAGCAACCAUUUUUGUAAACAACAUGACAGACAUGGUUAUAUAGCAUGGGUGGUUGGAAUCUGUAAGAAAUUGUUACAUUUUUUUAACCAUUUACAAUUAGUUACCAGACAUGACAUUGUCAUGGUAACGCCUUUUAUGAUUUCUAUAGAACAUUCAAAUAGAUGGCGAUACAGUUCUAGUUGACUACAAAUAAGGAGAA